AUGUGUACAAUACUACCUUUUAAUUGUGUUAGAUCUAAAGAGGAAGAUGACGAUGAUGGAAACAAUAUAAUAGUUUUAGGACCAGGAGGUGAAUUGACUGCAUCCAGGUAUCUUCCACAAAAGUCCAGCAAAAAUGGAAACACUAUAAUAAUUGUUGGAACUGGUGAAUCAAGUCACUCUGAGCCUGGUCAACCAACAGAUUCAAAAGUAAAUCCAAUAUUUACGACAACAGCAUCACCUUCUUUAUCACCACUAUACCAAGAUCAUCAUUAUAAAUCAUCAACUUUAUCACAAAGGUUCAUGCAUAAACCUUUAUCCAAAAAUCUUGUUCCUGGUUUAUGGGAUAAUAAAAAAGGUAUCAAGCCUGAUGAACUAAAUAAGUGUAAAAAUAGUGUCCACAACUGUAAACCAACAUUGGCCGGCUUCAUUCCAAUCAUGAUUCCUUACACAAAAUCACGAGUACGUAAGGCCCAAAAAGCUCAGGAAAGUCGAUUAGCUUUUCAGAAAAUAUCAUCAGGAAAAGGUAACCCAAACGAGCCUCAAAUAAUUAUCAGGAAAACCAAGAGUUCACCUCCAAUUGUGAUCGAAGAGGUCAAAGAAUCUGAUAAUGGUUAUGUCAAUUACCAUAUAACUUCAAAGCCUGUCAACAGUCCAAGUCCAUCAACAUCAAGAAGUUCUGAAUUUCCUGUAGAAACAAUAGACUCUCUUCCUGAAACCUCACCACCUUCAUUGUUUAACCAUGUUAACUCAAAAAAUAGUGAUCAAUCAAUUGCAAGUAUGCCAAUGGAAUCAAGUAAAAUGUAUAGUUUCCGUGGAUUUCGUAAUUCUGAUGGCUUUGAUGAUAAACCCAGUGAAACCAGCACAAACAAACUAAUCAGGAGUAUCGAUACUCUAAGCAAUUCUAUAAGAGCCAUGAAGCAGAAAAAUGUUGAUAUUGAUGGGUUACUUGGUCAUCGCAGUUUAUCUGUUCCUUUAACAGAUCAAACCAUGUCAACAUAUUCUUAUAUUUCCCCAACACAGCCAAUGUCUCAUGAUUUACCCCCUUUAACUGAUAUCGAAGAGCACGAUGACGAAGGACACGGAGUUUACGGUGAAGAGCUGUUCAGUCAAUUCAAUCAAUUGAAUGGUGUCCCGUCAAUUGAUUUGGCAAGUUUACCGGGUAAUGAACACUAUCCUAAUUUGCUCAUGGAUGGCCAGGAGAUUGGAAAUGGAUUGGAUGACCGUAACGACCCAAUGAACCAAAUAUUCAGUAGAGGAAGCUUAUUAGAAAACAGUUUGGACAAUCCUUUUGAUCCAAAAGGGCUGAGCUUUGGUGGCAAUCGUAUGGGAAAUAUGAAUCUUGAUUUAUUGUUAAGUGGGAAACCAAAUUUUGAAGGAAGAAACCUCUUUCAUAAAUGGCUUGGUCCUGAUUUAAAUGAGAAGUGGUUACCGGAGGAGAGGUCAAAGAUUAAUCCUUUCAAUAGGUGGAGGCCUUCUUGGAUGUAAAAUUAAGACAGUUACUAUUCCUGUUCAUUUCCCUAUUCCGUAUCAUUAUCACCAUCAUCAUAAUCAUGAUCACCACAAUCACCAUACACAUCAUGGGCACUCAUCACACCAUAAACCUGACCACUGGACUCAUCGCAAUGAUUAUUCAAAUUUGCAUUCGAAGUGGCAUUACCCACAACACUACAUUCACCCAUCUAUGUUUUGGAUCUAAUCACGAGGUGUUGAACAUUUAACCGGAUCCAUAUAAGAGUUUAUUUAUUAUCGUAUCGUAUUAUUUAUACUUGAAGAAGUACCAAAUUUCAUACAAUUGUUAAAAAAAUUGCUGUGCAUAAACAGGA